AUGGCAAACCAAACCACCAAAGCCUGCUCCAACCACGAUCUAGACCUUAUCAAGGCAGCUGCGUGGGCAUGGUACCAGCACGGUUCAAGCUCCGAAGCCAAGCCCAUGGCCAUCCGAGAAUUCAAUGCCAAACGAUGUGAACGAACUCCGGGGCCAUCACGCUACAAGUUGGAAGUCAUGAGGAACAACGACGAUGACAACAACAUCGAGGAGAUUAAGGGAUCAGUCCCCACCCAUACUUCUCUCCUGGAUCCCUACGAGAUCGAAAUCAUUUCAAAGCGACUCGACCAGCUUAUUGAGUUGAGUGGAGUCAAAUUCCACCGUGAGCUAUUGAAGAUCGAUGCAGAUGUUAAUAACAACCACCCCAAGAAAAAGAGCAGCAGCGCUACCAAGUGGAGAGGGUUUCUGCAAAGGCGAAAAGAGGUAUGUGGCAAAAACCAUGAUGUGGAGGAAACUGCCCUCAGACCAAAAAACCAUGCUGCUGCGGCGGCUAAGACGGUGAACUGCAGCAAGGCAGGAGCAGCCGACGUUUGGUGA